UUCCUUCCCUUGGCAGAGCCGUCCUGAAGAACUCGGCGACGCCAGGCCGAGCCCGCUCGGCGUGAGUGCUCACCCACCCCCUCCGGGGGGGUCCAGAGCCGCCUCUUGGGAACAAGCGGCUCACGGGGCGACGAAGCGACGGGCCGAGCGGGCCGCGGGGCCUUCUGGGGCUUGUGGUCUCUCGCCCCGCCCCUGCCCACUUGCCCCGAGGGUAGAAGGCAGGGCGAACCGGGCAGCGUUCCACGCUACCAGUCGGACGCCUGGCCGCGUGGGCAGGCACUCGGGCUUCCCGGGCUUCAGCCCUUGCGCUUCCUUGCCGGCCUGCACUGGCUCCUCACGGAGGGUGCCCUCCUUCCUCUGCAGGAGCCCCGAAGAGACAAAAGUCAGGAUGGAUGCUCAAACAUGGUAUUUGAGAACGUCAAAGCUGGCUCUGGCCUUGGCAAUUAUCCGCUCGACACCAGCUGACACAAGCAGCAAAGAGUACACAGAGCACCUUGCAAAGGUGGUGUCCGAGCAGGAGUCAAUGUGGAGAUCUAAAGUCCAAGCCUUGGAAGCUGAAGUUCUGCAAUUACGCCACAAACUUCUUCUGAGCAGGAUGCGUGCAGGAGUAUUUAAGAGUGGAGACCCAUCUUCCCAGCUGCAGGCUCAGGAUCCUGGAAGUUCUGAAAAUACAUUAAGUCUGCUGGAAGAUUCUGGGUGUGAGUUAUCCAAUGAGCAGAGAAGUGAACCUUCAGAGAUGGCCCAGCAUUUUGUGGAGAGCUGCAGCCCCACGUCCUUUCUACCUCUGCCCAUUGUGAAAAGACAUUGUGCCACUGUGGAAAAUCCUCUGUCUUCCCACAUGCAUUUCUUGCAACAUCUACUCGAACUGAAGAACGUGACAGAAUCAAGGAAUCUGAAAACAGACUUAAGCCACUUUGAAAAUGACUUUUCCACAGUAUCUGACUCUGUUUUUCAGUUGUUGGAUGGUCUGAUCACUUUUUACCGUAACCCCAGAUUUCCUUCUUCAAGCUUUUGGGAAGAAGCUGUUAAUACUUUAGCUGGACUGAUCAGUGAUAGUAACUUAUCUAAUCAUAUUCUUAAAAAAUGCUCCAAGAAGUUGGAAGAAUUUGAGAAAACCCUACUACAAGUUAUUUUAAGGAGCAACCAUAUAAAUCGGUUUCAGGUGCAGCAUUAUGUCUCUCAGAGUCUGGUAACCCUGGGAAGUUGCAGCUUGUUGAGAAAAUCUAUAAUAUCUCUGCUUUUAUCAGAAGUAAACAGCUUCACUGAUGUUUUGGGUACCAUCAAUCAGGUUCAAGCCAGUUAUGCGACACACUAUGAAAAUAUUUUCUUUCUGUUCUGGGUUCUGGAGCAGCUUCUUCAAAAGGAAACCAAAGAAGGCAACACUUCAAGUGUAGGGCAUGAUGACCAAGAAAUCAAGAAAUUUCUUCAGAAGCAUGAUGAAACUAUUUUCCAACUCUCUGAUGCAUUUCCUUUAUUUACUUUUUAUUUAUGGAGACUGGGCAUUCUCUUGAACUCAGUAGAAACUGUUGACAGUAACUCACUUCCUUAGUAAUUUACUAAAGAUCAGAAGCAUACUGAAGUAUGAAGAUCUUCUGCUUAAAAGAUUUUCAAGAAUAUUUUUUAAAUGAGCAUUUUAAGUGGAUCUCUAAAUAUAAUCACUAAUUCAGUAGUUUUAAAUUGUAUAUAAAACAUUAUGAGUCUUAUUUCUAUACUAAAUCAGCCAGUUUCAAUUGAGAAUGUCCUUAUUUCCACGUAACUGUAUUUUAUAAUAUGUUACUCAAUAUAGUCUAGCUCUAGUAUUCUCUAUAAUGGACCAUUAAUUGUCUAUCUCACAAACAUUAUUUAAAUUUUAAAAUAUUUACAUGUAAUAGAUAGUAAAAGGCAACAAGAGAUCUUAAAAGUUUUGUUGCUUUGUCAAUGGUCUCUAAGUAGUUAUAAAUGAAAUUUUUAAAAUUUUGUUCUUACAUAGUUUCAUUUACAUGAUUAUCUAUUAUCUUAGAGGAUGAUUCUUUAACAUUUAUAAACCAAAUGGCCCUCAAUUUCAUAAAAUCAAGGUAUAUGUUAAGUCCUUUAAAAGUACUAGCUCAUUAUUUAAAUGUCAUUUUUCAAGUGCUUGUUUUGAUUCUGUUUAUUAUGUAUAAUAUCCCUGUUGUUAAAAUGUAGUUAAGUCAUGUAUAAUUAAAUCAUUAAGGAUAUUUUUACAAAUCUAACAUCUGCCCACAAAUAUACUUAUUGAAAGUAUAUUUAUACUUAUUAAAAGUGUUAGUUGAAUUUUCCAGUUACACGGUUUCAUUUACUUUAUUUCAAUUAUUAAAUUCAUAACCAAGUAGCUUAAUGAAGACCAUUAUGUACUUUCCUAUAGCGCAAUUUAGGGCACAACAAAUACAAAUGUAGUUUAUUAACUAUGUGUGAUAUUGCUUCAUAAUUACCACUCCUAAAUUGCCACUGAUAUUUACGAAAAUGAAUAUAUAUAAAAUCAUAUCAUCUGCCAAUUAUUUUUAGAAUUAUUUCUAGUUUUGUAGAAAAGAAAGCCUUUUUUUCUAAAACUCAAUGUAUAUAUUAGUCACCUAUUGUUACAUAACAAACUACUACCAAAUCUCAGGAGCAUACAACAAUAAAUACUUCUCAAGUAUCUGUGGGCCACUUGGGGAUCUGCUCAUCUGACCUGGAGAAUGUUGGAAAGCUCUGCUCAGGUUGCAGAUCCCACUGAGCUAGGCUCUUUGUUAUAAAUUGGGGUUUGGGUUCUUCCACUUGUACUUAUUCUGGGGCCCAGGUUGAGAGGGAAGCAGCUACUCAGGACAGCUACUCAACCUCUUCUGUGGCAGUGGCAGACAGACAAGAGGGAAAGGGCAAGGCUGAGAAACAUUAGGCUGUCAUUGUCUGUCACAUGCUUUAGCCAAAGCACAUCAGAUGGUCAAACACAAAGAGGCAGAGAAGUACCCUCUACCCAGUGUGGGAGAACGUGCAAAGUUAUAUGACAAAGGGCAUGGAUACAGGAGAGGAUGGAGAAUUGGGGCAAAUAAUGUACUUCACCACACACACCAGUUGAACACAAGAAGGGGAUUUCAGAUCCUAAUUAAGAGGAAGUUUUCUAAUAUUGGAUUCCUGGGAUUUAGAUAACUGAUGACAUCACACAAAAUCCACGACCCAUGACAUCUCCCCAUCCUCACUCUUUUUUUUUUUUUUUAAAGAUUUUAUUUGUUUAUUUGACAGACAGAGAUCACAAGUAGGCAGAGAGGCAGGCAGAGAGAUAGAGGAGGAAGCAGGCUCCCUGCUGAGCAGAGAGUCCAAUGGGGGAAUCAGUCCCAGGAUGCUGAGAUCAAGACCUGAGCCGAAGGCAGAGGUUUAACCCACUGAGCCACCCAGGUGCCCAUCCCCAUCCUCACUCUCAAUGAUUAAACAAAGUUGGUAAAUACAUAAGCAACAGUAGUGGUCCCUUUCCCAUUGCAGUCAGCCAACAUAAUGAUCCUAAGAAGACUUUUGUAACUAGAACAGAUUUCUUAAUUCUAGUAGUCUUUAAAACUUCAUGGUCUGAAAAUUAGCGUAGAAAAUAUAUUUAUUUUAGAGGCACAGACAUGUUGGGGCUAUCAUUAAUGUAUAUGGAGAUCCAUAUUAUUUCUUCAUUUGAUAUUAUUUUUUGUAAACACUUAUAUUUAGUCAAUUGUAUGACACCUUAACUCUUCAUAAUCGAGUGUUUCAGUCUCUAACAGUGUUAACUCUGCAGUACAUUUAGUACUGAGGUCUAAUUGUAUGGGUGAAAAAGAAGAUAAAAUGAGACAUUUGUAUCUGUUUCAAAAAAGUGGUGUAAGAUAGUGAAUGAAGGAAUGAAUGAUUUGAACUAGAAUUAAAGUGAUUUAACAAUGUUGCAAUUAAAAUUCUAUUAAUGUCUAACUUUAUAAUUAAAAUUCUAGGGGUAGAAGAAUAAUGGAGACAGAAAUUAGGCAGUGCUGAAAUUGUUUUAGGAUAGGAUGGGAGGACCACAAGGCAAUACUAAAAAUAAAAGAAAUAAUAAAAAUGAUAGUAAGUGCUAACAUCCAUAUAGUAGAUGUAGAACACUCAUGUAGCAUAGAUAUAAAUAGAUGCCAGGCCCUGAGCUAAGCAUUUUAUCUAUAUUUACUCACUUAAUUCUCCCAACAAUCCUACACGAUAAGAAAGAUUAUUACAUCCGUUUUUGAAAUGAGGAACUCUGGCAAAGGAAUGUUCCACGGCUCACCCAACAUCUCAUCACCAAGAAGCAGAAGACUUAAGAUUUGAGCCCCAGGAGUUCUAGCUUCCCAGUCUGCACUACUCAAUAAUCUGCUAUAUUUCCUUUUCAUUACAAACUGCUGGCACUUCAUGAAAUUUCACAAAUACCACUUCUUGGGAAUUGUCACUGAAGCUUUAUGUGCCCUCAACUACAGAUCUUAACCCAUGGAGGUUACUAGCUUAUUUUGGAUCCUUCAGCCCCUACAGAGCAGCCUCUCAGAACAACAGCCUUUUUGUUCUUUUCUACAUUGUAGCAUUUACUGUAGUAAAGACUCUUUAUGUAAGUUACAGCUCCUCUUUGAACAAUUAAGUUCUAAGAAGUACAAAGCUCUCUUUAAAGAUGGGGCAGGUGAACUGUCAGUCUGCAGUGCUCAGCCGGUGGGAAGAGAAAACAAAUCAGAUUGCUUUACUCUUGGACCUAUAAAUAGAUAUUUGUGGUAUUUAAUGCAAUUCUUUUACAAACUUAUACUUUGCUGUCAUCCUGGUGAGCGUCCUAGAGAUAAGGGCACUUACCAGAGAGAAGCAAGAAAAAAAAAAAAAAAAUGCCACUUGCAUUUCCAGAUUUUAAUGUGAGUUUGUAGAUUUUUAAAAGAUAUUGAUGGCUCUAGCUUAUGAUAAGUUUGUUUUGUUUAAUAUCAAAUAUUAAGCACCAACUCUGUGCACAAACCAGUUAUUUGCACAUAUGAAAAAUAAACAUGAUAAGAUUUAGCUUUUAUCACGUUUAUAAAGCAGAACUUUGUUUUUGUGGUCACUAUAAUGACCCAACCACAUCAAUAUCUUUUAUUUGCUGAAGGAGAUAAUUAGAGUGUAACAUUUACCUAAUUCUGAAAAAAAAAAAAAAAAAAAGAAAGGACAUUUUUAUUGAAAGCCAAUUCAUUUUUCUUAAAUUAUUUCUAGAAUUGGA